AUGCUCUCGAGAGCUGAGGACUCAUCUAUGGAGUCGGUGGUCGACUGGCUUACAGAUGACAUGAUGCGGGCUUUACCCCACGCUCCUCCUUGGCUGUGCGUCCUUCGCUUCGAUCAGGAGUGUGGGGUGCGCAGCUUCAGAAUCACCUUGGCCCAAAUGCAUAGAGCCCCAUCAGGAGAAAGCGAGAAGCAAGCUCAACAUCGGGCAUGUGGAAGUGGCCACGCCUCGUCCACCCGAGCCGCCAGCACAGCCAGCCAGCGCGCGGGGGCGCCCCAAGUCCUUUGCCCGUCGUAUGCUGCAUCAUUUCCAAGGAGUUUUGGCUUGAUAGAUCUUGCAAAGGCAGAAGCAGACACCAUCCUUAAGAAGCUGUUGUACCACCUGGGGAUACGUGGGGAUGCGUGGGUUGUUUCGGGGUUUGAGGACUCGCAGUCGCAGCGGUGA